AUGUUGACUGCCACAGCGCCCGCAGGGCACUUAUUAGCCCCCCUGCGGCGCAGCUUAGUGGCAGCCUUCCUUCUGACUCUUCUAGCUAAGGCCGCGGUGGGUCAGGGCACUGCUGAUGCCGAGGACUUCGAGACGGACAUAACCUGCAGCAUUCUGCUGAGGGGCGAGGUGGGAUCGGCGGAUCAGGUGCCUACGGUCACAGAUGCUGGCAUAGAAUGCACAGGCCCAGGGACCCCGGUGACGAUCAACGCGAAUCCGGUGGUGGUGGACCUGCUGGGAGAAACGGUGCCGGGGGCAAGCUUGGUCGCUGGCUCGCCGCAGGACGCCUACCUCACGUUCGACUCCCUGCCGCCGAUCACCAUCAGGGACUCUGAAAUCGAUGACCUGGUGGGGACCGGCCAGGCGCCCGUCCGGAUUGAGUCCACCACGAUGCAGUUUUUGGAGUCCGAGUUUGACAGGAACUCGAUGGCGGACGCGGGGGUGGUGCACGCCUCGGACAGCACCCUGCGGUUCCGUAACUGCACUUUCCGCGCGAACUCGGGCGCGAGGGCCGGCGCCGUUGUCGCCGCCGGCGGCGAUGUCACCAUCCUGAACAGCCUGUUCCUGGGCAACACCGGGACAGGGGAGGGCGCCGGACCGGCGUCCGGUGCCGUCAUGGCAUCCCGAAUGGCCACGGUGCUGAUCGACCAGUCGGUCUUCCGGGGCAACCAGGCGCUCCAGCCCGGCGCCUCGGCUUUCAUGGCCACGGAGGACGUCAGCGCGAAUAUCUCCCACGUUGACUUUAACAUGAACUCGGCGCUGAACGGCAGCGCGAUUGUGAUGGACGGCGGGCGCAUAGGCAUCUUCGGGUCGGUCUUCGAGACCAACGGCGGCGGCGCGGGCGGCGCGGGCGUACUCUUGGAGCGCGGGGCCGCUGGGUCGAUCCUGGGCAGCGAGUUCAACGAGAACAUUGGCGACGACGGCGCCCUGACGGUGCGCGACAGCGCCGUGGACGUCCAGGCGUGCUUCUUCAACCUCAACCACGGCAGGAAGUUCGGCGGCGCCGUGUCGAUCUUCGGCGGCGCUCCCGGCUCCACGCAGUCCUUCACGAACUGCAUAUUCGAGAACAACUCCGCGCCGGUGGGGGCGGCCAUCGCGAUGUCGAUCACGCCGGAGACGAGGCUGGAGGAGUGCGUUUUCCUGGCGAACAGGGCUGGGAUGCUGGGCGGCGCCCUGUACCAGUGGAACUGUGACAGCACGGAGGUGGUGGGCUGCAGGUUUCAGGCAAAUUCCGCGCGGCUGGCCGGCGGCGCGAUCAGCCAGACCGCCUGCUCCGGCGAGUCGCCGGAGGCGAUGUCGGAGGACCGCCUGCAGCUGGAGUGCAUGGCGGAGGACGGGCUGGCGUGCACGGACGUCCGGAUAGUGCGCAGCGACUUCGUGCACAACGUGGCGCACCUGCGGGGCGGGGAGGUGUUCCACAAGGGGUGCAAGAACGUGGAGCUGUCCGGCAAUCGGUACCAGUACUCGCAGUUCUUCGCCACGGAGGGAAGGGUGAUGUUCCAGGAGGCGUGCGAGACGCUCACGGAGGAGGACGAGACGUACGAGGCUGUGGAGCUGGAUCUGGAGAAGCCCCUGAACACGGUGGUCGUGAGGAAGGAGUGUCCCAGCGAGGGGUUGGACGGGAACUGA